GGUUUUAAGAGAUCUUAACUUCUAGCUUGGAAACAGAAAACGACCAUCACCGGUGUAAAAAGUUCCAUAGAGUUUACGUUCGGUGCAGUGAGAAUAUCAUACCAGGGAAGUAACUAGAUAGAAUGUCUUAUCAGAUUUCGCCUGUGUCUCAUGGACUACCUAACCUCGCGCAAUAUUUACCCCCUGGUUGCAAAUUUCUGAGUUGCCACGAUGCGCAAAACGUCCUACGAAGUUGCUCAACUUGGAGACUUCCAAAUGGUACUCUGGUCGCUCCACUAGGCGGAGAGCUUUAUCAAGUUGUAGAAGUUCCCGCAAAUUGCGACGAGCGUUGCUCUUAUCAUGAGCCUCGAGGGACAUCGGCUUUGUUGUCUGAAAAUUCACCUCUGCUUCGCAAUGAGUGGUUCCGUUUUCGACACUUGUCUGAAAACGAAAGUUCUUCUUGUUAUUCCGACGGACUCAAGAGGCUGCCCCUUUUUUACUCAGAUGGCCGCCGCUGCAACUGUCAACUUUGCGCCACGACCAUGUAUCCCGAUAGGCUUUACGAGCAUCACCUGUCUCAGAUGAAACCGCAUGACGUGGUAUGCGGACUCAGAGAGGAGAGAUUUUCUCCUUUGCUGAGCAAGCAGAGUAACGAAUCCCCUGACAAUCCAGCAGCCUUUCCGUUUACUCUAUCUCUCCCGCAGUCUUCCGCAUCGCUGACGUCUUCACAAGAGGAACAAAAGAGACAGAAACAGAAGCGAUUUCAGUGUAUGCACUGCGAGAAAUCCUUCGGCAAAUCUUCGCAUCUUCGCGAUCACAUCAGGACUCACACCGGGGAUCGACCGUUUCGCUGUCAGUUUUGCAACAAAGCUUUCACCCAAUACUCGAACUUGCGCACGCACACGCGAAUUCACACAGGCGAAAAGCCAUUCAAGUGUCAUCACUGUAACAAAAGCUUCACACAAGCUGUCACGCUAAGAAGUCACACAAGGACUCACACGGGUGACAGGCCUUAUCACUGUAAGAGGUGCAGCAAAUCAUUUGCUUGUUUUUCCGGUUUGAAAGGACAUCACAGGGUUCAUUCGGACACGGAGCAAGAUGAACUGGAAAUUUAAAAAGAGGCAGAGGACUGAAAAAAAAAAAAAAUCAGAAAUUCGUCAGCAUAGCAUGACUUUUUAAUCACGCCCAAUAUACUAUGUACAAAAACAGACUUUUAGCCGAUAGUCGUGUUCAACCUCGCAUCUAUCCUGAUCCUAACCCAAAGGAAAAACUGCUUAAAGAAUGUUAAAAUGAUCAAACUCAUAGAUAACUUACCCGCUUAACAAUCGAUCUGGUAGAUUCUUCUUCAAAUGACAAUCGAAAAUAAAAAUUUACCUCUAAGAAAGUCUUCAAUCAACGCAACUUAUAUCACUACGCCAAAAUUACAGUCUAAAUGAUGCUCAUAUUAAUCUGUCGUCUGCUUAUAUAGUACAAUACCCCCCAGUUAAACAAAUGCCUUUUUUCGAAAAAUGUUCAGUUAAAUUUUCUUGGGUGCAAUAACACCUGAAUGACAACUAUUAGAUUCAGGAUGCUCCUUCGCCUGUUCUAAAAAAAUUCUUGCUCAGUGUUAUACCGCUGCCUUUCAAUUUUAAACAAGGUCUAUCCCAAUGGAGAUUAAUGGGAGUUUUGUGGGUCAAUUUCUUCCUGUUUUUACAUUUUCCACUGCCCGGUCUGCCGGCUCUGCCGGCACUGCACUCUUGAGCUGUAAGUAAUGUGUUAAAUGUGAGAGAUGCAGUAGAACAGAUGUUGGAAAUAGUGUUGUAAAUAAAAGAAACUUUC